AUGAGCGGCUUUCAAAAUGGCGGUACGCCCGCGCGAAUGAUCGACGAUGAUUCCGAUGUCGAGGAGGAGGCUUUGGCCGCAGACUACCGGGAACAGGUUCAAUAUGAGGGCAUGGACGAGAUGGACGGAGGCUCUAUGAGCAUGGCACAACAGACGGACGAUAUUCAGUCGAGACUUGCUGCUGCUGCACAACCUUUGGAUUUCUCUGCGCCGCUAGAGGUCAAGUUUUCGAGUUAUGAUAAUUAUUGUAGCUUGUUUCACUUCAUCUUGAACUCGGAGGGACCGGUGGAUUUAGAACCUCCUUCGUAUUAUUGGGCUUGGGAUGUUAUCGAUGAGUUUAUCUAUCAGUUCAACUCUUUCUGUUCAUACCGGAACCGCGUCGCACGGCAGGGAAACAAUGAGGAGGAGAUCACUGUUUUACGAGAGGCGCCAAAUACAUGGGGAUGCUACAGUGUAUUGAACGUCCUAUACUCCCUUAUCCAGAGAUCACAGAUCAAUGAGCAACUCGCCGCGAUGAAGCGCAAUGAAGAGCCAAUGGCAGUAGCAGGCGAUUACGGUUCGAAACCUCUGUACAGAAUGUUGGGAUACUUCUCGAUCAUCGGUCUCUUGAGAGUUCACUGCCUCUUGGGGGAUUUCAGUCUUGCGCUGAAGACUCUCGACGAUAUCGAGCUAAACAAGAAGGCCAUGUUUGCUCGUGUCAUGGCAGCACAUUUCACAACCUACUACUACGUAGGAUUCUCAUACAUGAUGAUGAGACGUUAUGCAGAUGCCAUCCGCAUGUUCAGCCACAUCCUCAUCUACGUUUCAAGAACAAAGAAUUUCCAGAAGAACGCUCAGUACGAUUCUAUCACCAAGAAGAACGAUCAGAUGUAUGCUCUCAUCGCCAUUUGCGUUGCUUUCCACCCAACGAGAUUGGAUGAUACCAUUCACACCGCUCUCCGCGAGAAAUACGGUGACCAGCUGUUGAAGCUUCAACGUGGAGGCCCAGAGUCGCUUCCAAUCUUUGAGGAGUUGUUCCGUGCUUCAUGCCCGAAAUUUAUCUCCCCAACCCCACCUGACUUUGACAACCCAGAGCUCAAUGUGGACCCUCUUGAGCACCACCUCGCUAUCUUCAUGGAUGAGGUCAAGACCAACAUGUGGAGCCCAACAGUCAAGUCUUACUUGAGAUUAUAUACCACUAUGGAUUUGAAGAAGUUGGCUGGUUUCCUUGAGGUUGAGCCAGAGAAACUACGCGGAUGGUUACUCGUCAACAAGCAGAGAAGCCGACAGAUCAGAUGGACAGACAACGGACUUUUGGAUGGCGAGAUUGUCGGUUCAGGGGAUUUAGAUUAUGCUAUGCAAGGUGACUUGAUUCACAUAUCAGAAGCUAAAGUAGGACGUAAACUCGUUGACUGGUAUCUCCGAAACCUUGCACGAACAUACUAG